GAGCGCUUCCUCACGCUCGCGGAGUACGGCGAGCGGAGGCCCGGCGGGGGCCCGUCGCGCCGCGCGCCGGGGGCGUGGCCCGCCGGCGCCGCGGACGUGCUGGUGCUGGUGAUGGCCAGCCGCACGCUCUCGGAGCGCGCGUCGCUGAUGGAGGAGGCCUGGCGGGAGUCUCCAGUGCAGCGCCUGUACCUCGUCGAUGACUGGCUGGGCGAGGUGCCCCGGGAGCUGCAGUGGCGGUUCGAGCCCGACCCGGGCGGCGGCGACGUCACGGGGUACUGGGACGCCCAGAGCAGGCAGUUGGAGUACAUGCGGGCGCACCCGAGCAUUGUCGGGAGGGCGAAGUGGGUCAUCCUCGCGGACGACGACACCUGGGUCUACGUGGACCGUCUGUUGGGGUUCGUUGCCGACCACGACCCUGCCGUGCCCGUGCUCUUCACGUACGUGUUGAGCGACGCUCACGUGCUGGGCUACGACUACCCGUGCGGCGGAGCGGGCAUGCUGCUGAGCGCUGCCGCGUACGAGCUGGUCGCCCCCCGACUGCUGACGCCAGACUGCCCCCUGAUACAGUACAACGACUUGACCCUCGGUUUCUGCGUGCAUGCGCACGGAGUGCCAAUGGUGCACCACCCAAACAUGCACUGCUCUCCAGACGUCAAUCGCGCGAUGCGUGCUGGGGAGAAUCUGAUGGACCUGCACUGGGGGUUGUCAGUGCAUCGGCUUCCAGCAUUUGGAGCCUUUCCAGAACUCGUGGAGACUGUGGGCGCCAUGCACAGUCAGCUGCCCUUCUUGCUGAGGAACGGUUGCCGGCUCGCCGCAAAGUCGAGCUCCGCGACGCUCGAUUUGCGCCUGUUCUACUGGACAGUGGACGCGUUCCCGAGCGCCGUGGACAAGUGCCGCGCAGGGGCCGAUGGACCAAGCGUCGGUGGGCCCAUCCAUCUGGAGUUCUUGAUCUUCGGAGGCGGCAAGGCCGUGGCCCGGUACCACGAGGAGCGACAGACGCCGCUGAUGGCGCCGCCCGGCGAGCGCGCCGCGAGGUGGCCGGACUGGUUUGUGCAGCUGCGGCGGCUGGGCUGCACGGGGCACGAGGACACCUGGUCCGCACGCUGGCUCGACGCCGCGCCACGCGUCUCGCGGCGGCAGGUGGCAGCUUCGGACCUGGACGCCCUGGCAGCCGGCGCGGGCGUGGCCGCGGAGGAGCUGCGGGCCUCCUACGAGGCGCUGCGCGCGCGGUCCCCGCGGGGCUCCUGGCUGCAGGAGCUCCAGCGCGAGUCGGUGCGGCUGCUGCGGGCGCUGUCGGACCUCUACUACGCGCACGGCGGCGCGGAGGCCCGCCUGCAGGCGGAGGACUCGCACCGCCCAGUGCGCCUGGGCGACACGGCGCCGCCGCCGCUGGCGCUCGCGUACGAGUUCUCCAGCCUCCACGUGGAGCAGGACGCGGGCGUGUGGCUCAAUGGCGUGGCGAUGAGCCGCCUGCUGCACUGCCCCGCGCUGACGCACCCGAUCGUGCUCCACGCGGAGGCCCACGCGAACGACUGGGACACCGUGGCCGACCGCCUGCGCCUGCUGUGGCACAACGCGCUCGCGGUGGACGUCUUCCGCACCCUGCGCUUCUGCGGCGUCGUGGUCCUGCACGCCCCGCAGAUGAUCCCGCACGCGCUGGCCUACCUGCCUUACUCCACCUACCGGAGGCCCCACGCCCCGUCCGUGGCGACCGCCCUGACGCUGGGCAACGUCAUGUCCCGCGAGCAGACUCUCGCGAUGUCGCAGCUGGUCUCCCGCAGGGCGUGCCGGGAGCGGCGCGGCGCGCGGGCGCUGGAGCGGGAGCGGGGCGGCUGGAGGCCGCCGUUCCGGAUGCGCUCUAUGGGCCUCAGCGAGCGUCGGAGGGCCAGAUGCCGCUGUUGUUGGGAAUGAUGGUG